UGUAUUUAAAACGAUCUCGACUCUAGAACCACAUUUUAUUUAUGUUACAAAGUAGACAUGCGAAUCAACAUGAAAUGCUGGUGUUCAGUGCGUCUUUUUAUUAGAGUUGUUGCCACUUUUGUUCCCCUAUAUUUUUCAUUUAAAUAUCUGUAAUAUUUUUGAAGGCCUGGGGCCGAGUGGUAAAGCGCUUGGCUUCCGAACCGUUGGUCCUGGGUUCGAAUCCUGAUGAAGACUGGGAUUUUAGUUUCGGGAUCUUUUGGGCUCCUCUGAGUCCAAUUCUAAUGGGUACCUGACAUUAGUUGGGAAAACGUAAAGACGGUUGGUCAUUGUGCUGGCCACAUGACACCCACGUUAAAAGUUCCUCUUACUAUUUAAGGCAAUAGGCCUAUAACUCCUUUUCGGCCAUAAGAUUCUAUUAACUUACAAUUCGAUAUUGUCAAAUCAAUCGGUCUAAAUCUUGAAAGAUAAAAAAAAAAAUUCUCGUGUCAAAACUGGAAAUUCUUCUGACUGUUGUACAUUAUAAAUUUCGUUAUGUCCGCAACAAGACGCCUUACUUCACAUGAAGAUGAUCUUGGGCCGAUUACGCAUAUUAAAGACGUAAAUGUGCUGUAACGCCUUGAAUGUCCCUCGCAUAAUAAUGUUGCCUCCUAUCUUAUAAAUUAGUUUAAUGCAAUCCCUUGCACACUCUUAAUAUAACAACAUUGUUAUACUAUUUCCAUCAAUAAUACAAAUGUCGUAGUUCGACCACAUGAAUUAAAGAAGCUAACCCCCAUCACACACACACACCUUUUGAGGCCCAAACUUGUUCCUGUUGCAACCAGGCACUGCAAAUCCCAGGGUUAAGAGCCUAAUUUAUGUAAUGCACUGCGUUGUGAUAAAUAGAUUUCAUUUCUCAUCUUUAAAUUUAAAAAAAACUUCACUUUGUUGACCUAUAGCCUUCUAAUAAUAAAAUGUUCCUUUGAAAAAAAAAAUUGCAUAUUCCCGAUUUCAAGUGGUAGACAAAAUUGUUAUUAGGCCCUACUUAUUUUUUUGUGUCAAUGACCGAGACCUAGAGCUAGAUCGAAAUAGUGCCGACCACACUCACUUUAGAAAUUAGAAUGAUAGGCCCUAACUGAAUAAGAAACAUAUAUACCAGUUCUAGACACACACGCACAACACACACACAUGCGCGCACAUAUAUAUUGUUGAUAGUAGGCCCUACGUAAUGCCUAUUAAGUUCUUAAAUGUUUCUCCACAAGAUAAGGAGCGAGGUCCAAGUUGUAAGCAGAACUGGUGUAAUAGGCUUUCAAUGUGUUAAACAGUGAUUACAUACCUGCUUAUGUAGUUUGUAAUAGUAGAAGGCAUAUUUAUUGUAUAUUACGUAUAUACUGUGAAAUUAUACUUAUAUGAUUUUUUUUAUUGUUGUUUAAGGUGUUAACUGUUGUAAUAGUGUUUUAUUUAACCUACAAGAUUUAGGCUAAUAGUACUAGUACUUUAUUAGGACAAGUAUUGCAAAUACUGGCAGGUCUGUACAGUAGGAAAAGAUUAAGUUUUGAUAUUUUCAACCAAAGCUGAUUAUUAACAAUUAUUAUCUUCGGAAGUCCUUUGUUAGUGCUCAUGUUAUGAAGUAUGUAUUUGUGGAUGUUUCCAAUGUGAUGAUGAAGAAAGGGAGCUUCAAUUUGUCGUCGAAGAGAAUGAUGACGUCACAACAGGAUCUGUCAUAAUUUAUGCUAAGAACGGAAGACGACCCAGAGAUUUGGAAAAAUUUCUGCGAAAUGGGGAGCAGUUCUUCUAAAGACAGCGAUUCCUUGAUGUUUCCUGUAGUAAACAAUGGAACAGCCAGACUCGAGGAAAACAUAGAUCUAGAGGCAAGGGAUGACAAGAGUGACCCUGCUCUAAACAGGCCUAUUCACGAUAUCACCCGAAAUAGGAGCACAAGUCAUGCAAUUACUAAGAAAAAGCGUUCCAACUUAUCUAUAAAUAAAAGAAACAUGUUUUGUUCAAAGCACGCACACCCUUUACCAUUUAACUUCUUCUGUCAAACUUGUUUCAUCCCUGUGUGCCAUGAUUGCACUGUUCUGGAACACGACAAGUCAAAAGGUCACGAGAUAAAAGAUAUUAAAGAGGUUUUGGAAUCUAGCGUCAUCCUCUUUGAUAGCUUGAAGAAAAGCAAACACGAAGAUCUAUCAAAAUUACAGAGGAGUGUUUCAGAGCUACAAGAACUGAAGGACACACAAAUGACCAACUCAGACUAUGUGGCAGGCCUCAUCAAUAGAACAUUUAGUCGAUAUGAAGAACUUCUAAGUCAAAGAAAGAAGGCGUUACUCGAAGAGUUGGCUAAUCAAAGAACAGACAAGUGUGAAAAGAUCGAGUCGGAAAUCAUAAAGUCACGACAAGCUUCUGAAAGUCUGUCAAGAAGUCUUGCGAGUUUUAAAUCGGCCAGAAAAAGUCGAAAUAUUUGGGAGAUAUUUGAAACCUACUCUCAGAUCAAUGAAGUAGAUCUAACCAAAGUAUACAAUUCUCAGUUCGAUCUGCUGGAUCCAAUCACUUUUGCCAAUAUCAAUGAAACUGACUUACUUCAAAGUGUGCUCAAUGUUGGAGAGAUAAGAGAAACAGUCUGUAGACUUUAAUUUUAAGUUGUUUUUUUUUAGAGUUCUACAUAAUGUUCAAGCCACAAUCCAGGUAUAAGCCAGUGACGAAGCAACCAGGCGCAAAGGGGUUCAUUGAAUCCGAGCCAAUAACCAACCGAUACUUUCAAAAAUUAGGCCUAUUGAUAAAGGUCUUAUUUGUAAGAAUUUGAAUUCUGCACUGUGGUCUUCAAUGAAUGCUGGUGUAAAAUUCAUGACAUUUACAUUUGUUAAUGUACUUAAGGGGUUAACAUAACUUUGUUUUCUGCAAAGGGAAAAGAAAAUCAAACAUCAUAAAUCUUGGUUAAAAAUUAGAAACAUUGGAUACGUUGUUCUGUUUAUUGUUAAAUGAAAUAUGUGAGCACAAAUAAAGCUAGCCAACAAUGUUGGAAGCUCAGCGGAUACAAAAUAUACAUCUCUGAAGUCAAUUGCAGAACAUAAACCAUGCAGUGAGAUGUGAAAUGGCUUUGAAAGCGUGAACAUUGAGGCUUUAACAGUAAGUCAAUCACAGAGUGUUGAUCCACACUAGUGUUCAAUGCAAGAUUUUACUGGAUUUGUUUAAGUUAUAAGGAUUUCAAACUUUGUUUAUAUGCAUGCCUGUUAUUUCUUAAUUCACAAGUGACAUUUUAUUAAGUAAAGUUGAAAUUGCUACAAAAUUACAGAAGAAGGUAUAAAAUACAAUGCAGGUUGCAUUCACUUGCUUUUUAUUUAGCUAUAAGCCUUAAUACAAACAACAAAUAGUUUCGUAAAAGAUGCACUUGUUUUUUGCUUUUCUUGUUGGAAUGUCUUAAAAAUCGCUGUUUCAGCAUAUUGGUGUGCUUCAACUUAUAAAAUAAAAAUUUGAUAUAAGUCGAUUAA